AUGGCGAAGCCUUCCUUUAUUCCAUAAUCCUGUUUGCUUUUCUGGAAAUCGGCUAUAGCCUCAGAAUCACUGACUCAAUUUUUGGAUCCUAUUCUCAUGACAAAGCGGCUGUCUGGUUUAAAACAAGCCCGUUAUAAAAAGGGCACCUCGGAUCCUGGCUGUUUGUAACAGCUGCUGACGUUCCUCCGGCACAGGGGAGCUUGGCUGGAACGGAAAAUGUCCAGGGCUGGAACCAAGGUCACCUUCUAUGAAGACAAGAACUUCCUCGGCCGUUACUACGAGUGCGACAGCGACUGCCCCGAUUUCCACACGUACCUGAGCCGCUGCAACUCCAUCCGCGUGGAUGGCGGCACCUGGGUGGCCUACGAGAGACCCAACUAUGCUGGCAACAUGUACGUGCUGACCCACGGCGAGUACCCCGACUACCACCACUGGAUGGGCCUCAACGACCGCCUGGGCUCCUGCAAGUACAUCCAGAUCCCAAGCGGAGGCCGAGGCCACAUCCARGUGUUCGAGAAGGGGGAUUUUGGCGGGCAGAUGUUCGAAGCCACCGAAGACUGCCCCUCCAUCAUGGAGGAGUGGCACAUGCGUGAGGUGCACGCCUGCAGGGUGCUGGAGGGCGUCUGGGUGUUCUACGAGCACCCCAACUACCGGGGCCGGCAGUACGUGCUGCCCAAGGGGGAGUACCGCAAGCCCGUGGAGUGGGGAGCGGCCAGCCCCGCCGUCCAGUCCUUCCGCAGCAUCUCCGAGUGACCCGGCCCCGUGCCCGGGCUGACACACCCYCCCAAUAAAGCA